AUGGGAGACCAAUACGGCAAAGGCGCAACAGGAAUGCCGUCUCUUAUGCCACAUCCUCCUCCACCUCCGCCUCCGCUACCUCCGUUUCCACCUCUUCUACAACCUCCACCACCUCCACCGCCUCCUCCACCGCCACCUCCACUGCCUUUUCAACCGCCUCCUCCACCACCCCCUCCACAACAUACGACAAUACCUCCACCUCCGGAUGUACAUCCACCUCCACCUCCACCUCCGGAUGUACAUCCACCACCACCUCUAGGAAGCCCUGGAGAACCUCCGCAUCCGAACAUAGGAGCAGCAGCGGCCUACGAAAACAUUGGCCCAACCUCUGGUAUGCCGGAACCUCCUCCUCCUCCCAUGCCGUUUACUGGUGCCACGGAGUUGGGAUCUAUUAAAGAGCUUGAAAAAGUUAAUGCCAAACCGAAACCAAAGAUGCCAAAAGAGACGAAACAUCGGAACGCGCCUUGCCGCCACGUAUUUUUCACCGCUGUGGGACUAUGGUUUUUCCUCCUGCUAUGGACAUUCUUCCUCUACGCUCAUGCGGUGGAGAUGAUAAACUUGAUGCCGGUGUUCGGCUUCAUGGCUCCGUCUGAUCUAAAUUCCCUGCGAGGGUCCGAAUAG